AUGAUGCAUCCAAUCACAAAGAUCAUAGCCGUUGUGAUCAUCUCAAUGGUUUCUGGGGCCGCCACGGGUGCUGAUCCUCAAUCUCCCUACUGCGACAUCAUCCUCGACCACUUGAACCCUUGCCUUCCCUAUAUACUUCAAGGUGAGGUGAAGCCAGCCAAGGUUUGCUGUGAUGGUGUCCUGGGCCUCACACAGUAUACAAACGCCAAGGGAGGCCAACAAAAUAUAUGUGACUGCGUCAAGGCUGCAGCAAUUUUGAUGGGGGCACCUGUUGAUAAUUUCUCUAAGAUUUCUUCUCUUCCCAAAACUUGUGGCCUAUCGGUCACACUUCCACCCAUCUCUAGCGGCACCGAUUGUUCUCAGUAA